UAGUGUAGUAUGUUAUUCAGGUCUCAGUGGUGUGUAGUGUAGUGUGUUAUUCAUGUCUCAGUGGUGUGUAGUGUAGUGUGUUAUUCAGGUUUCAGUGGUGCGUAGUGUAAUGUGUAGUGUAGUAUGUUAUUCAGGUCUCAGUGGUGUGUAGUGUGGUGUGUUAUUCAGGUUUCAGUGUAAAGAGUGCUCUCUGUGGUUCAGGUUCUGUUGUGUGGGAGAGCUUGUUGAUUCAGAAUGGACAUUGUGAGUGAUGGUAUCCUAGUAUGCUUGUCGCCAAUUCUCACUGGUCUUGAAGCCUUUUAUGGCAGUGAAAUGAGAGGGUAGGGGACUUCCCCUCACCCUGUCAGUCAGAUGACUGAUGGUCUCCAUCUCACUUGUCCUAUCAUCAUCCUUUGAUCCUCUCUAUUGUGGAUACCGUCCACAUGGCCGGUGCUUCUAACGCAGGUGUGUAAUGAGUGAGUGCGGCAGAUUCAGGUUUCCGCGGAGUUUCCCGUUUGCAGCGCUAGCCUGUGAUUACAGCCCUGCACUGUGCUGAAGGGGUUUUCCCAUGCAAUACUUGAGUAAGACUCAGGGGUGGUUUUCCCAUGCAAUACUUGAGUAAGACUCAGGGGUGGUUUUCCCAUGCUGUACCUGAGUAAGACUCAGGGGUGGUUUUCCCUUGCCAUACCUGAGUAAGACUCAGAGGUGAUGUGGCAUUCUGUGUCCAGCCUGCUCUUACAUAGGUACAGCUGACCGGCAGUCAAGGCCUUCUCUUCUCUUUUCUUACCUCUCUUUCUUUUUGUGUGAUUACUCACACUUCCACAGCCAAUCUCUGUUUUAAUAUCCUGGAAUAUCUUUUGUACAGCAUCUGAUGAAUGAUGAGUCUGUGGUCAUUGUGGUUGUUGCUGUAGGGAACCCUGAAAAGUACCAAACUCUCGAUGCUGUAUAAGUACGGGGCAUGCUGUCCCGCCAGAGCGGAACUUGGCGGUAUGGCAUACCUGCCAUUCUAAUUUAAGACUGUUAAUUUGGCUUCUAUUUGCAAUUGCAUAUAGUCUCUUUGGUAUCUGUGAAGUCGCUAUAUCGAUUGUUGGGAUCUGUGCAGCUGUGCAGGUUUAUUCCCGAGGUGCUGAGGCCCCUCCCACUCCUGCACAAUGAGCUUCCGGAACAAACCGCGGGGAGUGGCGGCCGCUUGCUCCUCCUCCUUCUCCCGGCAGCCGCCGCGCGUCUUGGUGGUGGACACAGCGCCACCCUGGUGGAGGGAGGUCUGCCACAGCGUGUGCGAGGCACUGGACGGCUUCCUGACGCUGGCCAGCAGCCUGGAUGGGCCCUGCCGCCUGCCCCUGCUCAGCCUGUACGCCGUGAGCAGCCACACUGAGUGCCUGCUGCCGCUGGCGCAGGUGAAGGGUAAUGUCCAGCGGCUGCGAUCGUGUGUGGAGGAGUUGCGCUCCGCGCCCAGAGAGGGGUGCGUUGGGGCACGGGACAGCCUGCUCCAAGAGGCUGUGCAGGACAGCCUGCUGCAGUUCAAGCAGUACCUGCGUCACGUGACCGUGAGAGGACCAAUCAGCAGCAGCUCUGCUGAGGUGACGGUCCUGACGAGCCGGCCGGCGGGGGGCGUGGUGAGGCAGCUGGAGGCGGGGCUUAAAGACACAGACCUGGUGAGCCUGCGGCGUCUGGUGGUGGUGUGCAUCGCCAGGGACAACGACGCCCCCAGCAACAGUCCCGAAACCCCCCUCCCGGCAGGCCUGGACCCUGAAGACAGCCUGGUGCUGGGCAGGGAGGUGGAGCUUCUGCAGGUGGAGAAUGAUACCGUUGCCCUGGAGACCGUCUUUAAGGGCUGGCUGCAUGACUUGGGCGGAGACAGGGAGCACCUUCAUCUCCUGCUGCCUCCCUCGCUGCAGGGACCUGGCUCCGCCCCCAGACACACCCCCAGCCCCGCCCCCGGACACACCCCCUCGGCCAGUCCUGCUCACGAUGCGAGCUCAGUCUGCCUGAAGUGUGACGUACAAGAGAGGCUGCUCAGCCCUGCCCUUUUCGCCUGCACGCCAGACCUUGGGCCCAACACUGAGACUGUCUGCGAUUUUCACCCCCCCACCAAGGGCCCAACCAAUCAGAGCGCUCCGCCGCAUCGACUCACCAUCAUUAAAGCUCUGAGGGCAGAUGGUGUGUGUGAGUCAGUGCUCUAUGGCCUGCCCCUCAUCAUUAAACCCACAAACUGCUGGCAGCUUGACUGGGAUGAGAUGGAGGCAAACCACCAGCUUUUCCAUGCCUUGUGCCACACCCUCAGGAGCCAGGGCUGGUUCCUCCUGGCACGCUGUGCUUCGGUGAGCAGUAGAGGUGCAGGUGUGGGCGGGGCUGGCGCAGUGGGCGGGGCUCUGUGUUCGUACGCAGUGCUGCAGCCCUCGGCCUCCCUCUCGCUGCUGCUGAAGCCUGUGGCUGCUCGCGAGCUCCUGCUGCCCUGCGCCUUGUCCGUCCCCAGUGCAGACCCGCCCCACAGCGCCCUCACCAGGAUCCAGAGCUCCCUUGCUCAGUUGGAGGAGGACCCUGUGUUCAACCCGCUGUGUCUGAGGACUAAUCUGUACCCACACCUGAGGAGUCUGCAGGCCCGAAGUCCAUACCCUUGCAGAACACAGCAGCGCAGAGACACACACUGUCCAGCAGAGGGCACUGCCACACCGCAGCAUGGUCGGCAGUCCCAGGCCAGGGCGAGGGCAACGGUGGCUCCCCUCCCACUAAAGCGCCCUGCUCGCCCACCCAUCCCACCUCUGCCCAUGACCUGCUGCACCCCGUCCCUCUGCUCUGCCCAGGACCUGCUGCACCCUGCCCCUCUGCUCUGACCAUGACCUGCUGCACCCCAUCCCUCUGCUCUGCCCAGGACCUGCUGCACCCCACCCCUCUGCUCUGACCAGGACCUGCUGCACCCUGCCCCUCUGCUCUGCCCAGGACCUGCUGCACCCCGCCCCUCUGCUCUGACCAGGACCUGCUGCACCCCGCCCCUCUGCUCUGCCCAGGACCUGCUGCACCCCGCCCCUCUGCUCUGCCCAGGACCUGCUGCACCCCGUCCCUCUGCUCUGCCCAGGACCUGCUGCAC